AUGAGCGUCCUCACUGCGCAAAUCCACAUCGACGCUUCUUCGUCUUGCUCGCAUCCGCUCCCGCCCUCUCCGCUCCCGCUCGACUCCAGCUCUCUCUCGCCCAGCACCGAACUUCGGCUUCCUCUCCCCACUAACCCCUCCUCCUCCAACAGCUACAGCUACAGCAAACCCCAAACCCUCUCCCACCUAGCAGAUGCGAUCGACACCACACGUGCCAAUCUCAACCAAAUCCUAACCUGCUGGAAGGAAUGGGCCGGCAAAGAACUUCCUUCCAACAACCACGCCCACCUCAACUCUCAAAAUGAGCUAGAAGACGACGAGCAAGAUGACCAAGACGACGAGUAG